CAGAGCGACAGGUCUUGGGCACCCAGGCGGAGCGGCGGGCGCCGAACCCCCAGGCGGAGCGACAGGUCUCGGGCCCCAGGCGGAGCGGCGGGCGGGCGCCGGACCCCCAGGCGGAGCGACAGGUCUCAGGCCCCCAGGCGGAGCGACAGGUCUCAGGCCCCCAGGCGGAGCGACAGGUCUCAGGCCCCCAGGCGGAGCUACAGGUCUCAGGACCCCAGGCGGAGUGACAGGUCUCAGGCCCCCAGGCGGAGCGACAGGUCUCAGGCCCCCAGGCGGAGCGACAGGUCGGGCCCCCAGGCAAGACGGCGGGCACCGAGUCACCAGGCACGACAG